CUGGGGCAUGGUAUAGGCUGGGCUAAGGCUGGGACAGAGCUAGGAUAGGAUGGGCUGGGGGCUGGUGCCGGGCUUGGCUGUGUACUGGGCUGUGCAGAACUAGGGGAAGGAUCUGAGUGUGUUUAUAUAGCCCAAGCAAACCCGCUCUCUGACCCAUUCCCUCUAAGCCAGAGAAUACAACCUUACCAGGACCGCUGGCAAGGGAUUGUUUAGCAUUUAACAAGAGAGAGAGAGAAAGAGAGAGCGAGACAGAGAGAAAGAGAGAAAGAGAGAGAAAACAGAGAGAGCGAUAGUCAGAAAGAGAACAUACACAUAUAGAGGAAGCCAGAGAGAUAGAGUGGUCAACAGGGACAUAUAGGAAGAAAGAUAGAGAUUGAAAGAAAGAGAAAGAGGUUGAGAGAGAGACAGAGAGAGAGAGAGAGAAAGAGUCGAAGAAAUAGGUCUGAGAUAUUUAACACACACUCACAUUUACCUCUCUCUUUACAUACUCACAUUUACCUCUCUCUCUACAUACUCACAUUUACCUCUCUCUCAACAUACUCACAUUUACCUCUCUCUCAACAUACUCACACACAUUGUGAGACAGAGAGAAAGCAGACAAAACUCACCACACAAAGUCUCUGACAGAUAGAUAGACCUCAACACAGACAGACAGACUCUCUGAGACGGACGGACGGCAGGCAGCAUGUUUCUGUGGCGGCUCCCCCAGGCAGCGUGUCUGGUGUCGGUGUGUGUGUCGCUGACUCUUGGGUACGAAGACGAUAUAGAGGUGAACUAUGGUGACAGCUACUUCAACGAGAUCACAGAGGGAGAGCCACUGGAGCCCACAGCUACCCCAGCCCCAGGACCCUGUAAGGCUACAGACAUGACUAAAUGGGACAAGCUCUUCUCCAUGCUGGAGAACUCUCAGAUGAGGGAGAACAUGCUUCUGCAGUUCUCCGAUGACAUCAUCAAGGUGGAAUUGGGGUCGCUGCGUGGAGAGAUGCUAAGGUUCGUGGCUCAGUACGGAGGGGCCUGUGGCGUUGCGGUGGAGACCGCUGGGCGGAGGAUGUCCAUGCAGAUGGAGGCUCGCCUCAGGGAGAGCAUGGAGCAUCUCAGACAGGAUCGAAGCACUGAUGCUGGGAAUUCAGCUGGGAAUAGCCAUCAGGAAAAGCUGUUACAGCAGCUUCUAACUGCAGUGAGGACACAGGCUAUCCAAUUUAUCAAGCUGGAAAACAUCUGCCUGAGUAAUCCAGAGGCUAAGGGGGAAAACUUGCAGCAGGAAGUGGCAUCAGCAGAGAUGCUGGUUGCCGUGGUGACAGAGCUGGCGAAGACGAGGGCAGUGCUAGAGCUCGCGCUCAAGUCGGCACAGCAACGACACCUGCCUGCAGGCUGUGAGACCGCUCUUCUCUUCCCUAUGCGUUCCCGUCGCAUCUUCUCGUCAGUGACACCAGACCUCCCUCUCUCCCUCUCUUCCUUCACCGUGUGCCUGUGGGCCAAGCCCGUCUCCGUCUCCAACAGAACUGUGCUGUUUUCCUACGGAACCAAACGGAACCCCUAUGAGAUACAGCUCCUUCUUAGCGGAACAAGGGCUCUCUUCACCGUGGGAGGAGAGGCUCACCUGGUGGAGGCACGGGGAGUGGUGAAAGGAGGAGGAGUUUGGACCCACCUAUGUGGGGCUUGGAGCUCUGAGCAGGGCAUAGCGUCACUAUGGGCCGAUGGACACAGAGUGGCAUACACACCCGGGGUGGCCGAGGGCCACAUGUUACCGGAUGGAGGCUCACUCCAGCUGGGGCAGGAGAAGAACGACGGUGGGGUCUCUGGAGGGUCAGGUGGCAGUGGGAGUCAGAUGCCUGGGUUUGAGGGAGGCUUCGAUGCCAAGUUGGCAUUCGCUGGGAAGAUGACAGGGGUGAACAUGUGGGACCGUGUGCUGACGGAGGAGGAGAUAUCCCAGCUGGCUUUGCAAGACGGUGAGGGGUGUGAGCAGAGGGGGAAUGUAGUUGGGUGGGGCUUGACGGAGAUUGUGCCUCACGGGGGUGCUCAGUUCAUCAACUAACUCUGAUGACGUUUUCAUCAUCAUCAUCGUUUAAAUCAACUCUAUCAGCUUCAUCAUCAUAAUCCUCAUCAUCUUCAUCAUAAUCCUCAUCAUCUUCAUCCUAAUCCUCAUCAUUUAAAUGAACUAUCAUUUCAUCGUUUAAAUCAACUCUACAUCUUCAUCAUAAUCAUCAUCAUUUAAAUGAACAGUCAUUUUCAUCAUCAUAAUCAUCAUCAUUUAAAUGAACCAUCGUUUUCAUCAUGUAAAUCAUCAUUUAAAUUAACUAUCAUCAUCUUCGUCGUCACCAUUAUAAACUAAUUAUGCUGCCCUAAGACCUGCAGUGCAGAACAGCCCGACCGGCUGAGACUGCAACAACAAUGUGAACAUGAACAACAACACCAGCUCUCUUUAAUGGCUAAAGAGACUGGAGAAGAAUGUGCCCUGUUAGAGGAGUGUUUCCCAUUUAGAGAAGCAGUGGUAACACACACACACACACACACACACACACACACACACACACACACACACACACACACACACACACACACACACACACACACACACACACACACACACACACACACACACACACACACACACACGGUGAGAAGCAUUAGUAUACAUAGUCUAAGGAGUAGAAGUGGAACAAACAUCAUUUACCACAGAUAUAAAGAGAAAAAUGAAAAGGAAAGAACAGAGGUGAGAGAGACAAAAAGAUGCUUUGGGUCAACUGUCACAAAACCAGUCUGCAAGUGUCAUCACUAGAUGGCCAUGCUAGAGAGGACCAAAUUGGCUAUAUCAUCAGCAGUGCAAGUACGUUAGCUGUUUGUUAUUAAUGGAGUGUUAGGGUUAAGGAGUAAGGUAAAUGAGAAAGGGUUGAGGUUUGGGUUAGUUGUUAAAGUGGAAUUUCUGGCUAAAAAAAACACUUUACCUUUGUCCUCUCUAGCAUGGCUAUGUAGUGACAACUAUCUGCAAGCUGCCAUAGGAGGUUUUAAUCAUUCUAUUACCUUAUAAUCUUAUGCUUCCGGCAAAAGUUAAUUUUUUUUCCCAAGCGUUGUUUCCAACUUUGUAUUUAUCAAAGUGUUUACAUUCAGAUGUGAAAAACAUAAUAUUUUUGUUGUUUUGUAUUUUGCUUAGUUUUCCAUACACCCAGAGGUCUUUCCAUACACCACCCAGAGGUCUGUUCAUACACCCAGAGGUCUUUCCAUACACCACCCAGAGGUCUGUUCAUACACCCAGAGGUCUUUCCAUACACCAGAGGUGUUUCCAUACACCCAGAGGUCUUUCCAUACACCCUGAGGUGUUUCCAUACACCCAGAGGUCUUUCCAUACACCCUGAGGUGUUUCCAUACACCCAGAGGUCUUUCCAUACACCCUGAGGUGUUUCCAUACACCCAGAUGUCUUUCCAUACACCCAGAGGUGUUUCUUCUCCUUGAAAUGGGUGCCAAUGGAUGAUGCAAUAAGAUUACUUAGUCCCUGUUUGUUCCGCAUCUCAUUUGAGACAGAAACACUUGAUUUGAAAAGCGGAACUGUGGACAAUUUUUACAGAAUCUGUUACAACGAUCUCUGCUCUUUGUUAACGUAGUAGGCCAAUGUGUAUCAUAUUGUAAAUUGUUUUGUGUUUUUGUCAAGAAGUAAAAAUGAAUGUAUUUUGUAUAUAAAUAUUUUUUGGCAUACAGUAUGACUAAAAAUGGAGAAUAAACGAGAAACGACAAUAAAAUUACAUGUUAACAUUAA